GGAGAGGAUGUCUUGUUCGGGAAACGAAACUUAACAUUCAUAGAAACCAAAGCAAACCGACGUGGAAGCAGUUCUCUCUUUCAGGAGAAAAAUAAAACGCAUUUUGGAACAAAUUGUCUGACAGACAGAAAACACAACAAGGAUGGCCUCUGCUAACACUUCCUGGUCUGAGGAGGACUUUUCAUGUUCCAUCUGUCUGGAUGUGUUCAGCAGCCCGGUUACCACACCAUGUGGACACAACUUCUGCAGAACCUGUAUUACAAAGUUCUGGGAUGAACAAGUCAAGUACAAAUGUCCUGUUUGCAACAAGAUUUUCGACACAAAACCUGAUCCACAGGUCAAUACCCUCUUAUCAGAGCUGGCUGCUCAGUUUACAACAACCGUACGAGUUAAAGAGCAGCCUUGUGUUGAACCAGCAGUAGUUCCCUGUGACUUCUGUACUGGGACCCAGCAGAAAGCUGUGAAGUCCUGCCUAGAAUGUCUUAUCUCUUACUGCCAAACCCACCUGGAGCCACAUCAGAGAGUCACAGUCCUGAAGGGACAUCGGCUGGUCGAGCCUAUGGACCGUCUGGAAGACAGGAUGUGUAAGAAACACAACCGACUUCUGGAGGUCUUUUGCCCGACCGAACAGGUGUGUGUGUGUGUGUUGUGCACAGUGACAGACCACAAGUCCCAUCCUGUUGUACCUCUGAAGGAGGAAUAUGAAGUGAAGACGGCCCAGCUGGGGAAGAUAGAGGCUGAAGUUCCACAGAUGAUCCAGGAGAGGAAACAAAAGAUUAAGGAGGUCAAAGACAGAGUACAACUGAGCAACAAAGACGCAGACAGAGAGAUAGCCAUUGGUGGGCAGGUCUUCACUGCUCUGAUAGGCCGUGUUGAAAAGUGCCGGGAUGAAUUUAACCAAACUGCUCAAGAGAAACUGAAAUCCACAGAGAAACAAGCUGAAGACCUCAUCAAAGAGCUGGAGCAGGAAAUAGAAGAUCUGACCAAUAGAUGCUCAGAGGUGAAGCAGCUCUCACACACUAAAGACCACCUCCACUUCCUCCAGACCUUCAGAUCCCUGAAGGAUCCUCCACCCACCAGGGACUGGACCACGGUGGAGGUCCGUCCUCCGUCAUACGUAGGGACCUUGAGGAGAUCCCUGGAUCAGCUGGAGGAGACACUGAACAUGGAGAUGAAGAAGCUGCGUGAUGAUGCUGAACUGAAGAGGGUCCAGCAGUAUGAAGUAGAUGUGACUCUGGAUCCUGAUACAGCUCAUCCCCAUCUCAUCCUGUCUGAGGAUGGGAAACAAGUACAUUGUGGAGGUGUGGGGAAGGUACUCCCAGACAACCCUAAGAGAUUUACAAUGUAUAGAUUUGUUCUCACGAGGCAGAGCUUCUGCUCAGGGAGAUUUUACUUUGAGGUCCAGGUUAAAGACAAGACUGCAUGGUGGUUAGGAGUGGUCAGAGAGUCCAUCGUCAGAAAAGGUGGGAGCAUGUGGACCCCGGAGACGGGUUGCUGGACUCUUUACUACAACAAGGAUAGGUUGGUAUUUUAUGAUAACCCUGCUGUCCAUCUCCCUCUGAGAGCUGGGCUCCAGAAGGUGGGGGUGUUUGUUGAUUAUGAUGAGGGUGUGGUCUCCUUCUAUGAUGUGGAAGCCAGGGUUCAUAUCUACUCUGCUACUGGCUGCACCUUCAGUGAGCCUCUCUAUCCAUUCCUCAGCCCAGAUCCCCUUUAUUAUAAAGGUAAUAACCUUGCCCCCCUGAUCAUCUCACCUGUCAAUCAAACAGACUAGGACCUUUGGUUGAUAAUAAAACAAAGAAACAACCAAAACAACUAAUGUUGUUUACUGAAUUAGAAUCUCUACUAUGUGAGAUCUGAGAGAACUGCUUUAAUGUUUGUGACGACCCUGGUGAGUCUUUGACUCCACCCUUGCUUUGACUCCACCCUGGCUGUUUGGUUUGCCUGUUCUCUCUCUCUCUCUUAAUAGGUGAUGCAGUUCAGGUGUGCCUGUGUUGGCAGCAGGUUAAAAGCCUGCUUUCACAACAGUCAUGGUCGCUCCCUCCUCCCGGCGUGUUGGUUUUCGUUGUCCUUUGUUUUGUUACACACAGACUGACUUUUGCAUGACACUUUGGGUUACUUUACAUGGAACUGA